AAUCAUGAUUCUUCAAAAUUUGUACUCAAAAUUAAGAGAGGGAGAGAGAGAGGUGUGUGGUUAUGGAGGUAGCGAUGUCUCUGAAUCCAUUGGUGCGACUCCCCUUAUCCUCCAAUGGAAGAAUGCAGGGUGAUUCAGUCAUCAGACACUCAAUCUUUUCGACAAGAACAUCUUCAACCAAUCAAAAGCCCCACAGAUUGAUGGUGAUUGAAGCUAAAGGCAAGAAAGGAAUGGCUUCUCGACAGUACCAGCGGACCCCACCGCCCCCUCUUCCCAAGCUUGAAGAUGAUGGCAACCCCAAGUUUGUUGUCUUCAUUCGCAUGGCUAAUGUUUACCUUUGGUAUCCUCUUAAUAUUGUGACUGGUGGGACAACAGCAAAAAUCAUGGUGGCUGCAAAGGAUAAUUUUCUUGGCAAAUAUAUAUACAAAGACACUCUAGCUAGGAAUCUUGCAGCAGUCAUCUAUAAAGAUGAAAAGGAAAUACAGAAGAUGGCACAGAAACAGUUUCGUGUGUUGCGGUCUGCCAGAGAUUUCCGAUACGGCUACAAACUUGUUGAAAAUAACAAUUUGAGGGCCGCACUUGCUGCGAAUGAUGUAAUCGAGCUUCCCAGACCAGAAGAACUCAAAACCGUUGUUGACAAGGUGAAGGACUUCUUUGGCGACGCCAAAGAAUCUUUCGGGAAGAUGACAUUCUUGGACACGGGAGAUGAUUCGUCAGAAGACGAAGUUACUAAAGAGGCUCCUAAAGAAAAAUCCAAGGAGAAAUCUCCGGUGAAGAGCUGAAUCUACACUGCCAGAGAAAGAAGUUAAAGACUUUACAGAGGCAUGGACAACAAUCACCACAUCAUUUGUUUAUAUAGAACAGUUUCAUAUUCCAGUCAUCUUUUAGCUUUAGAUCUGUCCUUGAAUUAUAACUUUGAGAUGACUUUUCUUGGCAUAUUCACCGUUUGAAUUGAUCAGGGAAACAUGCUAUGGUGUUGUGAAUAUUAUAUGGAUUUUGAAUAUAGAAAUCGAAUCAAGUGUGUGAUAUCAUGCUAAAAUUAGUAGUAUUAA